AGAAGCUCUGGCGCUGAACAUUGUCGUGAAAGAUGAAGAAGAGGAGGGUGUUACAAUGAAAGAAAAGAAAGAACCUUUCAGAAUGAAAAAGGAGGAAGAGGAAGCUGUUAUAGGGAAAGAAGAGGAAGAACAUUUUGGAGUGGAAGAGGGGAUAGAGGCUGUCACAGUGGAAAAGGAAGAGGAAGACGCUUUCAGAAUGAAAACGGAGGAAGAGGAGACUAUCACGUUGAAAGAAGAAGAGGAGGAUGUUAUCGUGAAAAAAUAUAAAGAACCUUUAGGAGUGAAAGAGGGAAUGGAGGCAGCCAGAGUGGAAGAGGAGGAUGUUAUAGGGUGGAAAGAGGAAGAACCUUUAGGAGUGAAAGAGGGGAUGGAGGCAGCCAGAGUGGAAGAGGAGGAUGUUAUAGGGGGAAAGAGGAAGAACCUUUAGGAGUGAAAGAGGGGAUGGAGGCAGCCAGAGGAAGAGGAGGAUGUUAUAGGGUGGAAAGAGGAAGAACCUUUAGGAGUGAAAGAGGGGAUGGAGGCAGCCAGAGUGGAAGAGGAGGAUGUUAUAGGGGGGAAAGAGGAAGAACCUUUAGGAGUGAAAGAGGGGAAGGCAGCCAGAGUGGAAGAGGAGGAUGUUAUAGGGGGGAAAGAGGAAGAACCUUUUCGAGAGGAAGAGGAUGCUAUCUUAAUUAAGGUGAAGGAGGAAGACGUUUUGGGAGUGAAAGAGGAGGAGACAGAAGAUCCGAUUAACACCAGAGAGAGACAUGACUAUCGUGGAUCCUCUGGGGAGCCUCAACAACAUCCUGAUGCUGACGAGGCAGAGAAGAGUCUCUCCAGAUCAGAACACCAGAUGGACAACGCUAGCCCUUCCUCCCUCCCGGAGUCCCUGUGUCAUGCCUCUCCCAGUAUCACCUUACUGCUGGGUAUGAAAAGGUUGUCUGUGCUGCUGGUGGACUGCAGGAAAACAACGGGGCUGAGUGGAACUGUGAGAGGAGGAGAAGAGAAGAAAGGAUCAGAUUUGACACAUCAAAAAGAGCGACCCGACUCAGAGGAACCAGAGACAUCUGAACCAUUGAGACGACACCACUGUUCCCAGUGUGGAAAGAGUUAUACCCGUUUAUGGAGCCUGAAAAACCAUACGAGAACACAUGCAGGGAAGAAGCCUUAUCACUGCUCUCAGUGUGGAAAGAGUUUUACCCGGUUAGGGAGCCUUGAAAUACAUAAAAGAAUACACACAGGAGACAAACCUUACCAAUGCUUCCAGUGUGGAAAGAGAUUUAUCCAGUCAACACAUCUGAACGAGCAUAAGAGAAUACACACAGGGGAAAAACCAUUCCAAUGCUCUCAGUGUGGAAGGACAUUUUUCGAUCAGGGGACCUGA